AUGUCAAAUUGUCAAUCUACAAAUCGCUGGUUAAUCAAUAUAAAUAUGAUAUUUCAAUGUCUUGUACAAAAUUUAACUGAAUAUGCUAUAUUAACACGAUGGAAUGAGAUUUUAUCAUCAGUUAAUGAAACACGAGAUGAAACGUUUAGCACAAUAUCAAAUUGUCCAUCUACAAAUCGAUGGUUAAUCAAUAUAAAUAUGAUAUUUCAAUGUCUUGUACAAAAUUUAACUGAAGAUGCCAUAUUAACACGAUGGAAUGAGAUUUUAUCAUCAGUUAAUGGAACACGAGAUGAAACAACUCUUCUUCGAAUUUUAACUAAUACUCGACAAUUAUGUGAUCAAAUCGAUAUGACAUUAGUUUCUCUUGCAUCUGAUCAUCUUUAUAUACUUAUGCAUAUUAUGGAGAAUGGUAAUGAAUCAAAAUAA